ACUUCCCACUUCCCACUUCCCAGUCCACUGUCCACUCCCCCUGUUCUUGUCUUCUUGGAUGCACUUUCCUGUUUAAAGCUUCGAUCUUUAUUCUCAGGCAUCACAUUCUUGGAGUGUUGGCUUCGCUCUGAUUGAUUUAUUGGGUCGGGUGGGACGACGAGGUGCACUAGUUAAUUGGAAGACACGACGGGAGCUCCAAGACAAGUUCGAAGCCGCUCUGCUACCGGCGAUCGGCCGGCUUGAUGGCCUCGAAGUUCGAAGUUACUGCGACGGCGAGAGGCGAAUCGGCAAUGUGCUGCUAGUCCGCGACGGAAGGGAGUGAGUGAGUGAGGUACACGUAGGAAUUGUUGAACAAAGGUAGGAGGAGUAUUUCAAAUAAAAAUGGGGUCUGAUUGGAGUGAUGAGGAUAUGAGUAUGAUUGUUACUCAAAUUAGUGUUGGUGGAUUUGGCAAUGAUGUAAAUGCAAAGCUUCUUUCUGAUUAUUUUGACGAAGAAGUUGGACACAUCUGGAGAUGUAGAUUGAAGACUUCUUCGACUCCUUUUGAUACGUACCCGAAUUAUGAGGUAGAUCCUCAGAAUGUGAGAAGGAUGAAUGACUAUGAGAAAGUGGUACCGCACGCAUUUGUACAUUUUGUGAUGCCAAGUUCAGCAAUCUCUGCACUGGCUGCUGCGGGGCGCAAUGAGCUCGUAUUGGCGGGGAGCCCUUUGAAAGUCAGUUUGGGGCCCAAGAAUCCGCAUCGCAUGAAUGAGACGAGGAGAACUGUAAUGCCACUUAGGCUCGAACAUGUUCGUGUUGAGAUGGGAGUUAUGGCGAGUCAUGGUGACUUUGUUGUGUGUUGGAGGGGACCUCCGAAGGGGGUUGAUUUUCUUGUGGAUCCUUUCAAUGCUACAUGCCGGCUACUUUUCACGAAAGAUAUCGCUUUUAACACCCCUCGUGAAGCGAAACAUGCGGUCAUAAAAUGUGAUUUUAAGAUAGAGUUCACACUAAAAGAAAUCAACAAAAUAGAAAGGUACGAUGAUUUGUUCUCUUUAGUGAUCUUGUUGCAGCUGGCUUCAUCUCCUCUUGUUUAUUAUCGAACAGCUGAUGAUGAUAUUGAAGAUCUAGUUCCAUUUGAGUUGCUGGAUGAUGAUGAUCCAUGGAUCCGAACUACAGAUUUUACACCUAGUAUGGCGAUUGGUCGGUGUAACACAUAUCGAAUUUCAAUUCCACCUCGCAAAGGGCCCACUUUUAAUAAGGCCGUAGAAUAUUUUGGAAAACAGAGGGUGCGUAUUGAUCAUCCAAAGCACAAGCUCCGGGUACGAGAUAAAUGUGAUUUUAAGGCACCCAUUCCAUGCCCUUUCUUCUGUAUUCAGAACGAGGAAGAUCUAAGCUUUCCGGUCUUGUUUUUGCUGAAUGCUGUUUUGCACAAAGGAAUAUUCAAUCAGCAUCAGAUGACUGAUGAAUUUUUCAAGUUGCUAAGAAAUCAACCGGAGAAUGUAAACUUGGCUGCUCUCAAACACAUAUGUGCUUACAAGUGGCCAGUGUAUGAGGCAUCAAGAGAGUUGAUGUUUGUUCAAAAAUGGCUGCUGAAUAACCCAAAACUUAUCGAGGGACGAAAGGAGUUAGAUGAUAUUGCUGAAGUGAGGAGGUUAAUUAUUACACCCACAAAAGCGUACUGCCUUCCACCGGAAGUUGAGCUUUCAAACAGAGUUCUAAGGAAGUAUAGGGACAUUUCUGAUAGAUUCUUACGUGUUACUUUUAUGGAUGAGGGAAUGCGAACGCUUAAUCGGAAUGUACUGUCUUUUUAUCCCGCUCCUAUUGUGAAGGACAUCACAAAAUCUUCUAUCCCUCAGAAGACUGUUGUGUUCAUGAGGGUGAAGAACAUUCUGAAAAGCGGAUUUACUCUAUGUGGUAGACAAUACACCUUCCUAGCAUUCUCCCCUAAUCAAUUGAGGGAUCGUUCUGCCUGGUUUUUUGCUGAUGGUCCAGAUAUUCGGGUACCCAACAUCAAAACCUGGAUGGGCAGGUUUACAAACAAGAAUGUUGCCAAAUGUGCUGCUAGAAUGGGACUAUGCUUCUCAUCCACGUAUGCUACCUUCCAUGUACGACCAAGUGAGGUUGACGGGAAGCUUCCUGAAAUUGAAAGAAAUGGAUAUGUUUUUUCUGAUGGAAUCGGUAUAAUAUCACCUGAUCUUGCAGCAAAAGUUGCAGAGAAAUUGCAGUUAAGUGUCAACCCACCAUGUGCAUAUCAGAUAAGAUAUUCAGGUUUCAAAGGUGUUGUUGCGUGUUGGCCUGGAAGAAAAGACAGGGUUCAUCUUUACCUCAGGCCAAGUAUGAAGAAAUUUGAGUCCACUCACACAGUCCUUGAAAUCUGUUCUUGGACUAGAUUUCAGCCCGGGUUUUUGAACAGGCAGAUAGUGACUCUACUUUCUGCUUUGGCGGUCGAAGAUCAAAUAUUCUGGAAAAUGCAGGAAACAAUGAUUUCAAGACUCAAUCAGAUGGUUGUGGAUGCGGAUGUGGCUUUUGAUAUCCUCACCGCUUCUUGUGCUGAGCAAGGAAAUACCGCCGCAAUAAUGUUGAGCGCGGGUUUCAAACCUCAGACCGAACCUCAUCUACAGGGAAUGCUGACUAGCAUACGAGCUGCCCAGCUUAGUGAUCUGAGGGAAAGGGCCAGGAUCUUUGUUCCUUCGGGGAGGUGGCUAAUGGGCUGCUUGGAUGAACUAGGGGAACUCGAACAGGGUCAAUGCUUCAUCCAAGUUUCAAGUGCUUCUCUGGAAAAUUGUUUCGUGAAGCACGGUUCAAAAUUCGAGGCAAGGAAAAAUCUAAAAGUAAUACAGGGCCUUGUUGUAAUUGCAAAAAAUCCGUGUCUUCACCCUGGAGAUGUGAGAAUUCUCGAGGCUGUUGACAUCCCUAGUUUGCACCAUCUCUAUGAUUGUCUAGUCUUCCCCCAAAAAGGGAGUAGACCACAUACCAACGAAGCAUCUGGCAGUGACCUCGACGGUGAUCUCUACUUUGUGACUUGGGACGAGAAUCUUAUCCCCCCAAGUAAACAAAGCUGGGAACCCAUGGAGUAUGCUGCUGCAGAGGUUAGAGAAUUGCCUCGCGAUGUUAAUCAGUCGGACAUCAUAGAGUUUUUCGCAAAGAACAUGGUCAACGAGAGCCUUGGCGCAAUCUGCAACGCCCAUGUUGUUCAUGCAGAUCUGAGCGAGCAUGGAGCGUUGGAUGACAAGUGCCUUAAGUUGGCUGAGCUCGCUGCUAUUGCAGUUGAUUUCCCUAAGACCGGAAAAAUCGUGAACAUGCCAAAUGAUCUCAAACCGAAAAUGUAUCCUGAUUUUAUGGGGAAAGAAGAAUUCCAAACGUACAAGUCCAAGAAAAUCUUGGGUAAACUGUACAGAAGAGUUACAGAUGGUUAUGAUGAAGAAAAUGACGGAACAUCUGGGCCAAUGUGCCUCCCAGAAGAUGCGUAUGACCCCGACCUUGAGAUUCCCGGUUCAGAAACGUUCUUUGAGGAUGCAUGGAGUUGCAAGUGUUCCUAUGAUGGUCAAGUAAACAGCCUUUUGGGGCAGUACAAGGUUAACAGAGAAGACGAAGUUGUUACUGGACAUAUAUGGUCCAUGCCAAAGCACAGUAGCAACAAGAUCGUCGAUAUGAAGGAGAGACUGAAGCACGCUUACAACAACCUGCGAAAGGACUUCAGGAAAGUUUUCGACCAAAUCCCGCCAGAUGUUAACCAACUCUCAGACGACGAGAGGAAUGCGUUUUAUGAACGAAAGGCAUCAGCGUGGUAUCAGGUGACCUAUCAUCGCGACUGGGUGAGUAAGUCUCAGGAGCUGCAACACCCCAAUGGGGCCGGGGGGUCUGUAAUGUUAAGCUUCCCAUGGAUCGCAGCUGAUUACCUUGCUAUGAUCAAACUCCGGUGCAGGGGAAUGGGAAAUGCCGAUUCCAGUAAGCCCAUCAACGCCCUUCGGAAAUACCUUGUUGACAGAAUGUGAGUGAUUCUGAGCCUUACAAAGUACAUUAAACCUUCAUUUUUCAUGUGAUUCUGAGCCUUACAAAGUCUGUAAAUCCAACUCUCUAAGUACUGCAUCUGUUAAUAGUAUGGAGUAUUUGACCAA